GGCUUUGGGCGACAAAAUAACCGUCUUCAAAACACAAAAACAGUAUCCCGGGAUGGCAGGUCAAUGGUUAACGUUUGCGUAGCGCCUGUUAUACGUUAAAUUGACUGCUAAAACUCUGAGGAAAAUAAAUGUUUUUGAGUUUUUUUAGUUGAUCGUUUACAUAAAAUUGGGCGCAUGGAAUGAUCUGCGUUUAAAAUUCGCGCUGUUUGCGUCGCCUGGGAAAGGAUUAGCCCGUUAGCUAAGUAACACUAGCCAUGACAGGAUAAACCCUGGUAGUAACGAUAGAAAAGUAAGCGAGACGUCUUCAUAUUUCUUCAACAUGGAGGUGACUGAUAUCGGAAACAAGGAAGAGGGAAAAAUCUGGCAUCGAAAACCAACGCCAGGCAAAGGAGUGUUGGUGACCGUGGUUCACACUGCUCAGCAGGCCAAGACGGUGCGCUUUCUCCAUGUGAGCCUUGACACUACAGGAGACUCUUUCUUGGCUGGAGAUUACCAUGGCAACAUCUAUGUCUUUGACAUCAUCAGAAACAGAUUUCGUCUGGUUCAGAAGACAGGACAGGCCUGCACUUCACUGGCUUUUAGUCUCCGCAGGACGACAGAGUUCCUUGUUGCCCUCGCUGACUACACCAUCAAGUGCUUUGACAAAGAUACAAAGCAGCUGGUCAGUUGGAUGCGAGGUCACGAGGGAGCGGUUUCGUCCAUCUCUAUUCACUGCUCAGGUCGCUACGCCAUCACCACAUCCUCAGACACAGCUCAACUCUGGGACCUGGACACCUUCCAGAGGAAGAGGAAGCUGAACGUUAGACAGUCUGUAGGCAUACAAAAGGUGUUUUUUCUGCCUCUCAGUAACACCAUCCUCAGCUGUUUCAGCGAUGACUCCAUCUUUGCUUGGGAGAGCGACACACUCCUGUGCAAGUACCAGCUUCCUGUCCCUAACUGUGGACCUAAAAUCUCCUACAGGGCCUUUGCUGUCACAUGUGAUGGAAAGAGCCUUGUAGCUGGGGGACGCUCCAACCUGCUGCAUCUGUGGUGUCUGGAUAGCCAACAGUUGGUCAGGGUGAUUCAAAUGCCCACACAGGUCCGAACUGUCAGACAGCUGGAAUUCCUACGAGACAGCUUUGAUGGAGGAGCCAACCAGAUGCUAGGUGUAUUGAGCCAGGACGGCAUAUUGCGCUUUAUCAAUAUCCAUACCUGCAAGCUGCAUUUCCACAUUGGUUCCCAUGACAACGCUAUCAGCACAGCGGCCAUCAGUCCUAAUGGAAGACAUGUUGUUGCCAUCAUGGAUAAUGGCAGCAUCAAUAUCUACAGUGUACAGAAUCUCACACAAGAAUUAAACAAGCCUCCUUCGUGCCAGGUGGCAAUAGUGACAGCAGCUGAUCAGGACUUAUCAAAUGUAAAGGUCAAGGUCAGAUCAAACAUGGUUCAGAGACCAGCAAAGAGUUCAAACAGUCGGCCACCAGUAAAGAUACUCAGAGCCCCUCCUGGAUCAACAGCUGAGGAUAAGGAGAAUGAACUACCAGCUGGACUAAAUAAGAAGAGACUGGUCUCUCUGCUCAAGGCAUUUGGAGAGUAUCCAGCUAAGUACAGGAUGUUUGUGUGGCGAUCGUUGUUGUAUCUCCCAGAGAACCAUGCGGCAUACAGCAGCCUGACUGAUAAAGGCCUUCAUUCAGCCUUUAUUACUCUGCACGAUAAAUACCCCAUUAAAAGUCACAAGCUGCAGAGGGGACUGCAGAGGGUUCUGUCAGCUUUGGCUCACUGGGCAGCCAUCUUUGGAGAGGUGGAGUACCUUCCCCUCAUGGCCUUCCCUUUUGUUAAGCUCUUCCAGAACAACCCAAUGCUGUGUUUUGAGGUGGUGGCUACUGUCAUAGUGAACUGGUGCCAGCAUUGGUUUGAGUACUUUCCCAACCCUCCUCUGAACAUCCUGAACAUGGUGGAGAAUGUUUUGGCUCAUCAUGACAAGGAGCUUCUGCAGCACCUGGUGGAUUGUGGCAUUACGUCACAGCUUUAUGUCUGGCCCCUGUUGGAGACGUUGUUCUCUGAGGUUUUGACUCGCGAUGAGUGGCUCAGACUAUUUGACAACAUUUUCUCCAACCAUCCCUCGUUCCUGAUUAUGACCUCUGUGGCCUACAUCACCUGCUGCCGCGAGCCUCUGCUGCUCUGUUCCCAGAAACAAGACUUUGAGUACUUUUUUCACCAUCGUAACAACCUGGAUGUGGGAGCCAUGAUAAAGGAGGCUUACCGACUGAUGAGUAACACGCCAGCAGACGUCCAUCCCAGGACUAUGCUGUCUGACUUUACACCACUGACCAAUGGCCAGUACCCUGUGUUCAAUCAAUACCCAGAAUUCAUAGUGGAAUACCAGAGCAGAGAGCGAGAGAAGAUACGACUGCAGGAGAUGGAAUAUCUCCGUGAGAGACAGGAGGUGUCAGCUCUUCAUGCAGAUUUUGUGCGUCGCCGAGCUGAGGAGGAGGCCUAUUAUGCUCAGCAGGAGUUGCUACAAAAGGCAGAGGAGCAGCGCAGAAACAUCUUGGCACAAGAAGAGGAAAAGCUAACACAGCAGAGGGCAAAGUUGACAGCCAUGAAGAGAGAGCUGAAGGUGAAAGAGUUGCAGCUGCUGGAUGCAACUAGAAGACGCUUCCUUAGCCACCAGCAGGACCUGAGAGCGUCACAGAUACGACGACUAGACCAGGACAUAAGUAGAAAGAUGGAACUCCGGGAGCAAGAAACAGUUGCAACAGUCCAGGAUCUUGAGGUCAGACAGAUGGAGCUGGAGGCUCAACGCAGGCGACUUGAACAGCAUCUGUUGAAGGAGCAGGCACAGUUGGGACAAGCGUUUGAUGAGGAGGUGGAGGUGAGGAUGAGAGAGGCAGAAAAAAAGGAGGAGAGCCAUACAGCUCAGCACAGCACAGAGACAAAUAUUCAGGCCCUGGAGGAGGCCCUGACGGAGGCGUGCCAGCUGGGCUCGGAGUCAGACUGGCAAAGAGAGGUGGCACAGCUCCUGCAACAGGCCAACACCGAGCAGGAGAGGAAGAGCGAGAGACUGGCAGCGCUUCACAGGGAAGCCCUGGCAGGAAAAGACAGACUGGCUGACACCCUGAGAGACGUGGCAGGAAGAAAGUGGGAGGAAGUGAUGACUGCCAGAGAAGAGCUACAGAAGCUGCAAAAGCCCUUGUCUUUAGCAGACAUAGGUGUCCAGAGACCGAUGAAGGUGACAUCGCCAGAACAUUCCAAAGGAAUUUCUUACAGAUCUAGUGUCAACUCUGCAGUUGUACUUGAAGCCAGGGGUGCUGAUCCACUGGCCAAACCCACCACUAUCACCACACCAAGGCAAGCAGGGACCAACAUGGUGUGUCUGAACAGCAGCUCACCUUCUGAGAGCACCUCCACCAACUUCUCCCUGGAUCGAGGACGGGCCCAGCUGGACAGCAGCGAGAGAGAAAUGCUGCAGGAAAUCAGAAAGCUGAGAGAAAAGCUAGCAGCCAGAGCCAGAGAGGGCAGCUCCGCCUCCCCACAGUCUGUGAACACACUGUCCUCUGUCUCCCAGUGACCACAUAGUGCUCCCAGUAUCAGAAGAACAUAUUCUGGCCUGUACAACGUGCUGGAGCAACAGUGACUCAGACAGAGGAGAAAGCCCAGCGCCGUCCAAGCCGAGUCCUUCAGGCUGAAUAUGCUGUAAUGCUUUAAUGUAUGUUACAUUUUAAAUUGCAUGUAUUUAUGCUUUCCAUUCAGAGGUUUAUGGAUGAUGACUCACAGUAGGCAUUUUAUUUAACCAGUGAGUAGAAUUAAAUUUUUUUAAUUUUUAUGUUUCUCAUUUAAAAACCUGUUUUGGAUAAAAUGUUUUAAAAAUCUA